GUAUCACAAGUCCCCAACACCGAACAAUUUACGUACGCUGUCGAGUGGUAAUUCUGGUAUAAUGGACCGCCAUCAGGUGCUCUACAUAUAGGUCGCAUCGAUUUUCAACAUCUGUGGAUACCGAUUGGAAAAUACUUAUAAAUUUGCUAUAGAUAUCAUCUGCUGUCAUUUUGCGCAACGACUAGUGAUGAAUCGGUCUAACGCAGAGACCAAUGUCUGUAACGUCAGCUAGUUCGUAACUCGGCACCUCACUCGGAAAGAUGGCCAAUCCAGAGUGCACAGCGUGAGGACAACUUCCUAGCCAGCAAAAAACGGAUUUAUUUCACUGAUGUUUUAAUGGAUUUAAUAGGGAAACUCAGCAAAUACUUAAACAAAGUGAUGAAAGACACUGUGGAUGAAUAACUCGGCGUUAUUUUUGACGUCAUGUCGGUAUUCCUAAGUUGCAUUUUAAUUUUGUUGUCAUUUGUGCAUUGUUCUGGGAACGAUAUCGUUGCUAUUAUAGACCAAGACAUUUAUAAUCUGCAUUUCCGGACCUUCUACCUAUCGGUGGAGAGACCGGAAAUUAAUUUGACUGGCGUCGUCUAUCCGACGUACACGGGUUUAGAUGAUCAGCUGCAUGGUCUGUGUUCGUACCUCACCCAGCACCAGACCCGGGCGGUGCUCGUGAUAGGCACUCAGCAGACGAUAAACAUUGUGUCUAUGGUAGCAAAUGUACUCGGAAUACCGACCUUAGCCUACAUGAAGGACGCAAAAACAGUCUACGAGAAGACACGACAAGAUCUUUUAUUGAUUCUCGGUCAUUCACACGAGGAGACAGCUAGAGCGGUGCUAACUUUCUUCCGGGCCAAUUUUUGGUAUAGGUUUCUGAUAAUUACAGAAGAUCAAUCACUAAAUGACGGAUUCUUCGGAAAAGUGAUUUCACAAAACCAGACAGAGCUGUGGCAUGUAUCCUUACUAAUCGUCAGCAGAAAGGCUACUCCCGAGGAGCUACGAAGGCAGAUAUGCCGAGUCCUGACGGAAGACAUGAUUGUUCUUCUCCACGUGGACCCUAAGAUGGCAAUAUUACUUUUUACGUCACUACCGUGUAAAAUUGCAAACCAAUCAAACAUAAUAAAAUGGUUUCUGACAGAAAAAGUUUAUACUCAGGAUACAUCCUUGUUAAAGUUUUACCCCGCUAGUACUCUUGCCAUAGUAAAGGAUGGCGUGAUGUCAUUGGAUGACGUAAUAUCAGACAGUGUGUCGUAUUUGAAUUUCGUUAUUCACAGCGCACGUCGUGAUGGUAUUUUGCCUAGUGCUUUUCGGAAAACCUGUUUUGAUGAAUCUCUUUUUGACCUGACGUAUGGAGAGCGUUUUUAUAGGCAUUUCAAGGAAACUACAUACCAAGGAUUUUCUGUUUUAUUCGAUUUUACUCCCGACGGCUACUUAACUAAUCAAGGCUUCAAAAUAAAGGCACUUAAAAACUAUAGAAAUAAUACGGUGUGGAAGGAAAUCGGAUACGUUCAAGGCGAGAACGUCCGUCCACGAGGAAUCCUUUGGCCUUUGCAACAAACCCUUGAUCUACAAAAUGGCCGUGUUCGAUAUCGUGUGGUAACUAAUCCUGUGAAACCUUUUAUAAUGGUAGACGAUGGAAUUGAAGAUACACAUAUAUGUAUUCAAAGCACACGUUGUAUCAAAAUUUUAGUUGCUGAUAAAAAUCAAACCUUGGAUAUUAUCCAGAAUUUCGAAAAUAACAACGAUACAAUUGGCUUCGAACUUAAGUGUUGCCGUGGAUUUGCCAUAGAUCUUUUGAACAAACUUUCCUCUGAUCUAGAAUUUGAGUUCGUAUUGUAUAUUGUACAUGAUACAACUUACGGAAAAAAGAUGACCAAUGGGUCCUGGGACGGAAUGGUGCGGGACCUGACUAAUGGCAUUGCUGACAUGGCCAUAGCGGCAUUUAGUAUAACCGGAAGUAGGAUGAGCGCCAUUGAUUUCUCCUAUCCGUACUAUUUUUCACGUUUCACGGUCUUGUACAUACAACAGAAUCAAAAGACUUACAUGUACGCAUUUAUUGAACCCUUCUCCGUCGAAGUUUGGUGUACGAUCUUUAUCAGCGCCACUAUAUCUGCUGUAGGCAUGUCGAUGUUUGAAUGGAAUAGUCCUUUCGGUCUAAAUCCUUGGGGAAGGAAGCGGAAACAAAACUACACGUUAGGAUCGGGUAUGACGAUGGUUUACUCCUUGUUGUUCGGACAUACAGUCAGUACCAAGUCCCCAAAAUCUUGGCCAAGCAAAGUCCUCCAAAAUUUUUGGGCUUCUGCCUGUAUCUUCAUCAUUGCUAGCUAUACGGCAAACUUGGCAGCUUUCCUAGCGGGAAAACACAGCGGUAUAGAUUACAGCAGCGUGUUCGAUUCAAGGCUGAUGGAAAUUAGAGUGGGAGUUCUUGGGGGAAGCGCCGUGGAGGCCCUGACUAGUAACGUCAGUAAAGCGCUUUAUAUCAGGAGCCAAAACCAUCUCGUCCCGACAACGAACGACGCCAUUGAUAUGUUGAUAAAUGGAAAAAUUGACGCCUAUCUAGGUGAUUAUCCGAUACUGGACUAUGCUCGUGUAAAGCUGGAUCCAAAUUGCAAUCUUUAUAUUGUUCCCCAGUCGUUCGGUGAAGAUGAGUAUGGGAUAGGAUUUCCAAAAGGCUCUCCUCUCCAGAAACCAGUCUCCGAGAAAAUCAAGCAUUAUCAUGAUUCUGGCUACUUGGAGAAUUUAAUAGAUAUUCACUUCGAUGAGGAGAAAUGUUUCAACCAAGGAAUAAACGAACAGAGGUUCAGUCUGAACGUUUCCCACCACAGUGGACUUUUCGCGCUCCUCUCCAUCGCUAUCGUCUGCUGCAUACUUCUUGUUCUGGUGGAACAUCUUGUCUUUAAAUAUCUUUUGCCCAUAUGUCGUAGACGACCAGGCGAUAGUUUCUGGAAAAGUCUCAGUGUCAUGUUCUUUAGUCAGAGGCUACAUCGAAGCAUCAACAGCGCCGUUUUAAUAUCCGCUCAAGAGUCUGCCAAGGAAAUGUUAGGAAUCGUUAAAAAGGGAGACUUUUCCAAGCUAUUCAUGAAAAGCACCAUCAGAAAAAACAAGCUGGCUGAUUUGGCGAAAACUAAGAGAAUUAAUCGAAACUUUCUGGACAUCGUGGAAAAAGCAAAAUGGGUGAGUGAUAUGAAAUCAACGAGUCUGAUCCACGAUGACUCGCCAAUUGAACCUGUAGAUAUAAAGCGGAUAUCACUUCGCAACCUUAGCAACUGUGUCAACCUGGAGGCCUUGAGAUCUCAAUGCCAGAGGUCCCUACCGAAAGUAGACUCGGUGAGAAAUUACGACGACAGCAACGAAGAGUGCAGCGAUAGCGAGGCAGAGGAUACAAGAACUCUGAGUGGUCUUGAGAACACAUGUAAAGUUGGAACAUCUGACAGCAAGUACGAUAUGUGGUAUGUUCCCGGAAAACAUGUGGCAGGUGAUUCUCAAUCAAAUGGGCUGCCAGAGAACAGUGAUACUGGAUCAUAUUAUGAAAGACACUUAGACGAAGCUUUCAGUUCUCUUCAUCAUAGUGAAUCAAGCUGUAGCUGUGAUACGUGCAAGCAUGAAGCAUUAGGAGCAUGUUAUGGCGGGGGGAAGGAAGAAGAUUUCUGUGAAGUGUCUUCUUCAUUUUCAGGAAAAACUAAAUCAGAUUUCGGUAGACGGGUUGCUACGUCUGCAAACGAAAUAAAUGAUUUUCAUAUAGAUGACAAUCGACGCUAUGAAAACAUUGACGAAGAAACAGGUUUGUUACAUUGGAAUGAAAGUGAAGAAAACCUGAAGCUUUAUGAUAAUGAUAAUUAUCGUCCACAUUCUAUGCAAACAUCACAACCAGAUCUCAAUAAGUCAAGGGAACAUCCAACGCGUGCACGUAAUAACCCUGAUGCGGAGUCUCCAAAUGUCCAUCACCUCAGCAAAAGGGAACUACUACAGUUGUGGAAAUCAUCAGAAUUACAGCUGAACUAUUUACUUAAGAAUACACUUAGAGAAAAUAUUGAACUCAAAAAUACUCUUGCAAAAUUACAAGGAAGAUCCAAGAGAGAUACAAAGGAGAGAAACCGUUCAAGGAAAGAGCAAUAAUUCAACCGUCUUCCCUUAAAAUCUUGCUCAAUUUCAUUGUACUUAGUUAUUUUGUGUCAAUAAAAUAUUACAUAGGUUAA